AUGACGUCCUUGAAGGCUGAAGUUGUAGUCGGAGGGGCCAGAGAACACGGCAUCAGCGAUGGGGGCUGUGUUCACGCCAGAUAUGUUGGUCGCGGUGGCGAAGGCGAUCAUCGGUGUGGCGGGAUCGACCCCGCAGGGUUGGGCGGCGGUGUGCCCUGGGAAGUGGCUGGGAGAGUGUUGUCCUGGCGCUCUUCCUUCUCGUGGGAAAGCGAACGCUCAUAUGGGUUGAGCAAGGAGGAAUCGGACAUGCUUUUUCCCCUACCGACGGCGCGUUUGACGAGACCAGAAGCGCUAGCAACGAGUGACGGUGUCCCUCGGGACAACCGCCAGUACAAAUCACAGAGCACCAACAGAAGUGCCCUCGAUAAACAUGGGGGCGUCGAAGUGGUUGAUUUCGAGCUCUUUGAAGAGGUUGCUGCAGAAGUGGAUGCCGUUCGGGCACUCGUGCCCGCCCUGGCCAGCCAUGUGAUUGGACUUGCACUCAGCCACAACAAGGAUGGCGACAUUGACCUCUACGGGCAGGCCGAACGUGGCCUUGGCCGUAGGCACACCCGAAAAAUUGAACGUGGUCGAGACUUACGUCGAAAAUACAUUGCCCUUGGCCUUGAGCGGGUUGAAGUCGAUGGUGCCACCGACCUUGUCCCACUGUAG